AUGUUAUAUUUUUUAGUUGACGAGGAACUUCUUGUUUUGCGGGAAAAGAUUGUGCAAGAUUAUAAUGAAGUAUCUAUACGCUAUUUAUGCACUGGACGAUCUGGGGAAUACAACGUGUUGUUUUUUAAGCUGAAUGACAAGUUUUACGAGAUGGUGUCAAGAAUAACUGAGAUAAAACGCAGUCACAUUUUUAACAAGUUAUGGCAAAAAUACAGUGAAAAAUUGAAAAAUGAAGUUGUAACAAUGGAAGAUAUAUUCAAAAAGAUCUGGUCAAUAAUUCUUGACAAACUGAAGUUAAUAAAUCAGCAAUUUCUUGAUGGUGAAAUGCAAUUCAACGAAGUCGACAUGUAUUUAAAUAUGUGUAAGACGGACUACGACGCCUUGGAGGAGGAGUUCAUGCUGCUUUCAAGAUAUUUCAGUGGUACCGCACAUUUGGAUGAGGUAACGAAGACACUUGCAGUCAGGAUCAGAAAGGUGAAGAGAUACAGGAAACUUUCUGAUGCUCGGCAAGCUGCUCAGGCAAUUCUAGAUUUACAAAAAGUGACGGGUCUCAAAGGCGAUUUUGCAGAAGUGGAAGCGAUUAAAGAGGUUAGACUAUACAGGGUGUCCAAAAAAACGCUAUGGAAAUCCAACAGGAUGUUGUGCAUCACAAACGUACCUAAACAAUUCAAUUCUUAUACAAAACGAAAGAGCUAUUAUUUACCUUUCUUAAUUCGUAACGAUGAGAAGUGGCCACAUACUCGUCAAAUUAGAAUUGUCGGUCGAAAUCACAUUCUUCCACUGUUGUGGAUUGACAAUUCAUUAAUUAUGCAAAGUUAAUCAAUCCAAAAGCAACGCGAGCCUGCUGCAAGGUAUUUGUUUCGCAAAACGUUUUGAUUACGAAUAUUCUCUGCUCAGUGGUUAAUUGAACCAUGUUUAAUGCAGUAGUGGACGAUCUUAUUGUCUCACUAAGACGAAGAUUGACAAAUUGAGCUCAUUUUAGAUAAUUUAACAUUCAACUUUAAUUCCCUAUUGGGAAUUGUCUAUGUUUCGUUUUCCAUGCAAUUCCCAACGGUGGAAGAAUGUGAUUUCGACCGGAAAUUUUUAUUUGACGAGUAUGUGGCCAUUUCUCAUCGUUACGAUUUAAAAAGAUUAUCAUUGAAAAACUAAAUAACUGUUCUUUCGUCAUAUGUAAAAAUUGAAAUGUUUAGCCGUGUUUAUGAUGCACGACAGCCUGUUGAAUUUCCAUACCGUUUUUUUGAGACACCCUGUAUACCUUUUGUUGUAUAACUGUUCCCACAACCCAAGGUUAUCUUAACUUUGAACUCGUAUACAGUAGCGUAAUGUAUUAACAAAGUUUAGAGUUUAGGUUCAUGUUUUUGCUAAUUAAAAUCUUAGUUAUUAAUGAGUUACAACCUUAACUCGAAAUCGAACCUGAAAUCUAAAGCUUUCCAUAAAUUUGGAAUACUACUCCCAAGUUGUUGCUGCAGGGAGAGGGACAAAUCUGCACCCAACUCCAAUACUUCUCUCACAAUGCUGCCUCCUUCAUUAUUCAACUCUGUGCUAUAGUCCUUUGGAAAUCACAUCCUAUGACUUCAUUGCUAUUUGUUUGUCCCACUUAUCCCGGAAUAUUAAUUAUGUGACAUAGAGUGUCAGGGUGUGAGAGGGGCUAUAGGGCAUAUGGGUGUUAGUGAUGUCAUGAAGUUGCGGCUUAGAAAAGUAUAGGAGCUAUGUGAAUAAUUAUUAGGCAGCUUUACAUGGGCUAUCACUACUCACAAUAUAUUACAUUAAAGUUAACUCUUGCCCGUUAUUUGUUAGUCUUACGUCAUCAGUCCGAUCAUUCGUUAGUCGUACGCCAUUCAGCAAAUAUUCUGCAAGGACCGAGUAUACAUUAAUAAAUCUCUGUUCGAGGUCUGAUCAAGCAGGGUGUUUAGGAUGAAAUAACGUAUGUGUUGCAUUCAUAGCCUGAUGCAUUAGCAUUCUCAGGUGUUAAUUAGCCAAUACAACCGUUUACUGAAUUUACAAAACUUCAGUGUUUUUUGGAUGAGAAAACUAAAUAAUUCAUUUACUCUUUAGGUUAGUUCGUAGGCAUAUUUUAAAGGCAAAUGUUAGCAGCUUGCUUUCAAGUAUAUUACAUGCAAAUACUUCACAGUGACCUGAUACAUUUAUUUACAAAAUGGAAAAACGCGAUUUAGAUAUUUUUUGGAGCAAUUAUGACUUGAAAACAGACAGUUUCUUACUUGUAUAAAAGUUUUGAAUAACUCCAUCGAUAUGGCAACAUUGACAUUUCAACGUGGUGGAUAUGCAUGUUAAGUUUAAAAUUUUAUUGAUUUUAUAAAUUUCUAUCAUUUAAACAAAAUUGAUUCCAAACAAUCAAAUUUACCAUGUUUGGAAAACUUUGGGUCGACAAAAUGUUUUUAAAUCAUUAUAAUAAUUCAAUUUACUGAGGGAAGGCAUUUUAUGAAAUGUCGACCUAAAUUACUAAACAAAACCAACAUGUGCUCCAUAUUGAAACCUCAUUGUUGCCUUAGCAACAGUGUUUAAGUAACUUUGCAGGAAAAUAACUUUUUAGUUGCUGUUUUAUAUAAUUAAAAUACUUAUCCAUAGUAAAUUUCCAAUUUUUGGACCAGAAACCGGUCCCCCAAUCCCUACUACUCUUGUUGUUGUUGUUGUUGUUGUUGUUGUUGUUGUUGUUGUUGUUGUUGUUGUUGUUGUUGUUGUUGUGGUUGUUGUUGUUGUGGUUGUCGUCGUCGUCGUCGUCGUCGUCGUCGUCGCCGCCACCGCCGUCGUCGUCGUCAUUGUUGGUGGUGAUGGUGUUAGUGUUGGUGUUGGUUCAUUAAUAUUCACAGACAAACCCCAAUCAUAACAAAGACAGUCAUGGACCAGCGACUAAUAAUAAUAAUUAUUAAUAUAUAAUUCAAUCAAAAUUUAAUGGUUAGUUAGGGACUGGUACCUAAUCUUGAGUUUUUGCGCGAAAAUGUUAAAAUAUAUGCAAAAAUAAAUACAACUUUUUCAGUCUAAAAUCCGAACCACAAGUCAUGUUUGUUCUCAUUUAUUUUGUUCUCAAAGAACACACUUCGUCCUGAUUUAGCUCUGAACGUUGAAUAACUAGUCUUUGUAAAAAGACUAGAUUGGCAGGGCAAAUCAUCUGGAUUGGCAGGGCAAUGAAAGAUUUUAAAUGAUAGAAUGUAGAGUUAUUAAGUAGCUUCCAGGGCUUUGUUUGAAUGUAGAGUUAUUAGGUAGCUUCCACUCAUUUUUGAAAAAAACUCGAAAAACUGCGAUAUUUUCGGCUAUUUAGUGUUACCAUUAUUCGUUAUAGUUGUCAUGGAAACGCGAAUUUUAUCAGAAUUCUUCUUGUUUGCGACACGUCUUACUAUGUGGUACAAUUAUAAGUAAAACUUAAUCCUGUAAAAGCAUUUAAACACAAAAUAUUCAACUUUUGCUCCUUUGGCUAAAAGUGUAUUGAGCCACCUUAAUUGUUUGCCCAUAAUAUUAUCCGCGGGAAAAUGCACUAAUUACAUCAAAGGACAUGUAAUUUGCAUGUAUGAAGUAAGACAUUAAAGCGAACGCUACCAAUACAACACGGCUCCACUUCGACAACCAUUUCAUUGACCAGUGUAAUUUCGUUCGAUCAUUUUAACAUAUUUAAAAAAUGCCUUGCCGAACCAACAUUAAGGGUUUGAAACAAUGCAAACGUUUGAGUUCUAAGACAAUGGAUCAACGUGGUGACCAGUUCCUGGUCCAGUAGUAUGAUCGUACUUAUUUUAAAAAGCUGUAUCGAUCCACCUUGAUUUCUCUAGUACUUUUAAAUUUCUCUCUGCGCCUGUGACGUUGCAUGUAAGUCGCAGUCAACAAAAAUUUAUGCAAAACAAAUAAUAUUUCCUUAUUGUCUAUUGGGAUAUAAGGCCCAACAACCCUGUUUGUCUUGAGAAUUUGGUCUGUUGUUUUCUCCAUUUGAGUUAGGGUUUAUUAUAGAAAGGCGAUUGAAAGGGUUAAAAUGAAUUAAGCGGUUAAAACGUCUGCGAAAGGGAAAACACGUAUGGGUCAGUAAAUUGCACUUACAGUAAUGCAUGCAAAUGAUUUUGCUUGAAUGUAAUAUAGAGUUAUUAAAUACCAACAAUGAAAUGGUGAAUAUCUGUAAGUAUGCUCUAUGAAUGAUGGUUUAUGUAUGUUAUGUGUUUUUUCAGAUUAUCGGUGGGAAAUUUGAAAGUCAGGCUAUCAAUUCAGUGAGUGACGAUUGGCUUACAGCUGGAGAACUGUUAAAGGAUAUAAACCCGAAGAGGCGAAGUUGUUUGACAACAUUUACAAAAUGUUUUGAUCUGGUAACUUGGUUAAGAGAGAGCAUAAAAGGUAAUGAGCCACUGCAGAAUUAAGAAGAAACAUUGACAUUGUUACGGCCAAGACGGCGGCAAGUUAUUUGUGUAAAUAGUCUGAGUCGAUACGUCUUGCAUUCAUUCAAAUCAGUCUGUUGUCAAGUUGUUUGAACAGUCUAUUGCAUCAUCAUCUUUCUUGACAUGUUCCUGACUAAGAAACCAGAGGAAAAAGCAAUUACUUACAUUCCAAUUUUGGGGAAUAAGUUUAGUUUAUGUUUAAAAUGAAAUUUCGAGGAUUGAUGGAUUGAUGAAUAAAUAUUUUCAACCUUUGACUCAAUUUUUAAGAUAAAUUACACUUUCGAAAUAAAUUAUUAAAUUAAUGACCUUUGAUUAGCAAUUUAUAUUAUACAUUAGAUUGGUCUCAAUUUCGAUAACAUUAGAUAAGGAGGGGAUGGAGUCUUCUCACUCAGUUUUGUUUCUGAAGUUGUCCAACUGCUCAGACAAAGUGCACCCAGUCUUGGUUUUUGAUUUGGAAUAUUAGAAUAUAUUGACAUUGUUAGCAAUUGACAUAUUAUAUUAUUUUGAACUCCGUUCCAGAUGAACAACAACUUAAAGUGUUUGUUGAUUUGGCGAUGAUUUCAGCUGGGGAAGAUGAUAUGGAAAUUGACCGAAUUUCGUGCAUGCACACCAGUUGUCUUGGGUUUGGAUCAUUAAUAUUUCGUUACAGAACAGGUCAUGGUUUUAAUGAACUAAUACGACUUUGUCAACCGUUAUGGCAAGCCAUUGAUGCAAAUCCAACCAUUGAUGAAAAAUUGGUGAGCUGUUUUAAUUGA